CUAGUCAGUCUCUUUGCACUUCACCAUCAGGUUAGGGGGCUUUACCUGUAUUGUGUCUGUGUAGCAUACGUCUCUUCAACGUCACCAUCAUGGUUGAGCAGUUUGUUGGAACCUGGACUUUGAUUGCCAGUGAGAACUUUGAUGACUACAUGAAGGCACUUGGUGUGGGUUUGGCCACCCGGCAGAUGGGUAACAUUGUAAAGCCCAAGUUGGUGAUUAGUAUGGAUGAUGGGGUUAUCUCACUGAGAUCUGAGAGCAUGUUCAAGACAACAGAAAUCAAGUUCAAGCUGAAUGAUGAAUUUGAUGAGACCACUGCUGAUGGCCGACAAACCAAGACAAUCGUCACUUUUGAGAAUGGCAAACUGGUGCAGAAACAGAGCUGGGAUGGCAAGACAACGAUGCUGGAACGAGAGAUUCAAGAGGGAAAACUAAUAGCUAAAUGCAUCAUGGAUGACAUUGUUGCAAUGAGGACAUAUGAGAAGGUGUAAUCAUCUGGUGAAGAUCAAGCGGAGCCUGCAGCUGUUCAGACUACAAAAUGCACUAACCUGUUGCAAACAUGCCAAUAAAGUCUGAACUGUG